AGUGUGCCUAAGGGUCAGUUCACACUACAAAAAUGCAUUCCGGAUGUGUUCCGGAUACGUUGUUGCUUACAGUUCACACCACACGCAGUUUCAGUGCAGUUUUGAUGCAGUUUGCCAUGUUCCAGUAUGGUUCUGUGCAGAAAAAAUGAAGCAUGUUCUACUUUUUUUCCUGCACCGGAAACUGACUGGAAAUGACUACACUAGUGUGAACUAGGGCCAUUGGAAUAGAUGGAAAACACUGUGCAUGCAUUUUUGAUGCAGAAAAAAAGCGCACUGAACUGCAU